AGCAGCGGGGGCACAAGGGUCUCUGUGGCCUUACCACAGCCGUCCUCACACACCUGGGCCUGGUGGCAGGCGGCGCCUUCAAACCGCCCCGCACCCAGGCUUGAGGGCAAGUGUGUGAUCUUGCUCCUCCCACCCGCCUCUCCUAUCCCACCUAUCUCAGCUCACCCGGUUAUGUCGGCUUUUGCUGCUUCGAGUUUUUUUGGAAAACUAACCAGGUGUCAGUGUCUGGCCUUGUAGCACACUCCUUAACGACUUGCUGUUGGUUGAGGCUGCGUACGUGCGGGGACCAGCGUGGGAAACUGCUCAGACCACCCAAGACCCAGGGCCUGUGCCCUGAGCUCUCCUUGGGAAAGGCCAUGUCCAUUAGAGGCUGCGGCAGGACCCGGAGCAGAUGAGCGGAGACGUCUGCAUCCGUGCCUGGCCGGGCUCCUACUAUUGGGAGCCCGAGAAGCGAUGGGUCCCGGGCACACUGGGGCUCACGCCAUGUGUGCUAAGCUUCACAGCCAAUGGAGCCAGAGACGCCCUGGUCAGCAUUCCCCUUGCCAGCAUCACCGAGAUCAAGAAGGAGGCAUCUCACUUCAUCUUCAGCUCCGUCACCAUCCUGGAGCAGGGUGGCACCAAGCACUGGUUCAGCGCCCUGCGGCCCAGCCGGGACACCGUGUUCAGCGUCCUGGAGCACUUCUGGAGGGAGCAGCUGCUGGCCCGGCCUGGGGCUGCUGCCAAGGCUGCACCCGCGACCAAGGGGCAGGAGCUGGUUGGCCUGAUGGCCCGCUCGCAGCAGUGCCUGGAGCACGCGGCACGCGCCCUCCACCACCAGGGCCAGCAGCUCGACGGCGUGGCCCAAGGCCUGGACCAGAUGGAGGCCAACCUGGACAUGGCUGACAGGUUGCUGACAGAGCUGGAGGCUCCUGCUUGGCGGCCCUUUGGCUGCAGGCUCUGGAAGACGCCGGCGGACACGAAGCCCCAAGUUGGUGCCGCUGCGGUGAGCCCCGAAGCACACAGGAAGGCCGGGGUCCUGCUCAGCAUCCCUGCGGUGGUUUCCCGUGGAGCAGAGGCCCAGGUGAGGCUAGGGCAGCUCAUGGUCCUGGCGUCCGGGCUGGAGAUCCACGACUCAACCUUCAAGCUCCUGCACAGGUUUGAAAGCAGCGACGUGGACGACAUCCAGGUGCACACGCCCUACGAGGUCACUGUGCGCCAGCGCUGCCUUGGGAAGCCUGACGUAUCCUACCGCCUGCUGUCCGCCAGGAUGCCUGAGGCCAUCCGUGCCCUCGGCCUGCAGUUCAGCCAGAAGAUGGAGCUUCUGGGCCAUGCCACAGAACUCUGGGGCCCCGGUGGCCCCUCCCCAAGAGAGCAGGGCUUCUCCACACACCAGGCAGCAUCCAGGCCGCAGGACAGCGCGUGGACCCCAGCCAGCCGGGAGGGCGGGCAGCUGCAGCUCCAGGCCGGGGAGCCUCCCGUCUCAGAGAGGGACGCCCAGGAACUGAGUCAGAUCCUGAGGCAGCUGAGGGGCCUGGCCUUGGCCGCGGAGACGGAGCUAGAGAGGCAGGACGAGGCCCUGGACGGCAUCGCAACGGCCGUGGACCGUGCCACCGUGACCAUCGACAAGCAUAACCGCCGCAUGAAGAGACUGACCUAGAGGCAGGGGUGGGGAGGCCUCCUUCACCCAGGCCGGGGAGAUGGGCGGGCGAAGGCCCCGGGAAAUGGCCUGCGGGCAAGGGGCGGUGAGGCUGGGGCGGCAGCCCAGCCCCACAUGCCUGGUGUCCGCCCCCCCAGGGGUCUGAGCCUGCAGGGUGGCCCCUGCUCCCACGCUCUGUCCCCCUUUCCUCGCAUGGACAGGCCUGUUUCUUGUCAACUUGCAGCUGCAGGUGAGUCUGGCACACCCCUAGUCGCCCCGUGACACCAGAGAUGCGCUCCCAGCCCAGCUUUCUGCCCGGCUCAAAGCCAGCUGGUCUUGCACGUGGCCCGUGUCCUCAAAGGCCAGCAGGGGGUGCCCUUCGAGUCGCUUAGAAGACAGCGAGGCUGCUUUCUGCCUGGCCCUGGGUCCCGCGGGCCCCAGGAGGGUGUAGCUGAGGGGCGCAAAGCCUGUCCUCAGAGAGCCGGCCCCACUGAGGCCUCGCUGGUCCCGACAGCACGCGGCCAGGACAAGUCCUGGGGUGCCCAGAGCACAUCCAGGAGGGUCCUGCCGUGGCUGCAUCACCCCAGGACCCUCCUCAGCCACACACCUGUGGGCUGGGGCGCCUGCACCUGAGGCCGCCUGACUUCAGUCCUGGCCUUGACUGCCAGGCUGCACCCUGAGGUCGGGUGUGAGCCUGAGUCCCUCGGGCCAGGCCAUGGCGCUGACCAUCCCACAAGACACCGAAUCGGCCUCCUUCAGGCUCCCCACCCUGGGUGGGGUGAUUACACUCUGGAAUCUGCCUGUGGGGCCUGCUGGGUUCUCAGUGCCCCAACCAGAAGUGUCCCCUACCCUGCAGAACUGGGCCCUGCUGUCCGUGGGGACAGUCCGUGGGAACUGUCCCCAACCGGACCUUCUCCCCAGCCCUGGCCGCUACAGUCCUGUCCACUUCGCUGCACCACAGGCCCUUUUCUCUGCACCCGGGGUGGUGGGCACCCAGCCCCAGUCAGACAGCAGGGAGACCCUCCCCGUAGACCCCCACACACGUCCACUCGCUGAGCUCCCGCCGGGCCAGGGCAGCUCUGCCACCCAGCAGCCAGAACCAGGCGGGCCACCCUCCGCCUGCUCCAAGCCCCAGGGCAGCGCUGUGGCCAGUCCAGCUGGGGGCAAGAGGCCAUGAAGCCCAGGGGUGGGGUUCACUUCCCCAGGUCGGGGGCGGGGGGUGGGGAGGCUGCUGAGACUGCGCCGCUGGGCGCGAGCCCUGUUCAGUCCGAGAGAGACUAGGGUAGCCCUCGCGGUCAGGUGCGAUGGCAGCUCUGCACGCGGGGACAGCGGCAGACAACGCAGCAGGGGCCAGCGAGGGCUCCGAGGGGCCACUCGGGGAGGCAGGCGGGCGGGGGCGGCGGCCAGCAGGCGAGGGCCCAUGGACUUGGCUCUUCUGGCUUGGGCCCAGACACCCUGCCACCCCUGAGCUGCAGACAACACCUGUCCCAGCUGGCGGCGGCCCGCAGACCUGCCGCUCGGACUCGCGAGGCAUGGACACUGCCAGGCCCACUGUAGGGGGCUAGCCGGCUCCCCAUGGGCUGCUGGCCUUGGAGCCGGGUGCGGGAGGCGGGGCGGGUGGCUCCCGAUAAAAGCACCUGGGAAGUGUGUCCCGUGUCACGGCUUGUCCUUCCUGCCUUUCUUCCCCAGCACGGGCCCUGGGGUACAGGGGCACCGCGCUUCCCUCCCAUCCCGAGUGGUGGCCCGAGGCCGCAGCACGUGGCCUCCCCCUGCCCUGGUGCCUCCAGGUGCCCCUGUCCUGGCCAGGAGGCUCUACACCAUCACUCUGGAGGCCCAAACUGGUGCACAGAAGCUUCAGGGGAGAAGAAACCCACUUCCGCACACCCCUGGGGCCCCACAGCACUCUGCAGCCCACUGCGCGGGGCUUUGGGGUGUGGUUUUGGCACAGGCCUCCUAGGGGCGGCUGCACUGGGGGGAGGCCCGGCCUCGCAGGGAGCUGAAUGGGCGGGCCGGCCUGU